GGCCGCUAAUACCUCUGUCGAGUUUAUGCAUCAAUUGAUAACGAAAAGAUAAGCCUUCACCUAGUUUAUGCCUCAGGGCUCUAGGUAGGUAAUCGGCCUAACGGGAAAAUGGAUCGGCCGAGGUCUGAUUUUCUCAUACCCUUUGUGUCCCGACUUAUCAAAUCACUUAUCAAAUCAUUUCCAUCCCGCAAUCUGCAGCCCCUCCGAUCCCACAUCUCAAAUCGGUGUUGAGCCUCAGCUCCAAGCUCCAGCUCCAGCUCAGCUCCCCAGCUUUCCCCUCCCCAGCUUCCGAGCUCUGCCACGUUCUAGACUAAUGAGCGUUGUCCCCUAGUCAAACCUCAUUGGCGACAUGAGCUGCGGUCAGUAUGCGCCUACGGCCUUACGGAUUUCUACUCCGUCCUUCUACUCUCGGUGAUCUCUGCUGGCGGUGCAGUUAUCAACUGAGCUAUGCGAACCCCCUUCUUACCAGGGCCGUGUCCCACACCGCCCCCGUAGCACCGAAGCAGCAAUCUCGACUGAGGGCUGGAUACUUCUUGUCUAACAAAAUUCUACUUCCGCAUCACGAUGGUGCAAGCUCCCAGUCCUCCACGGCCCCGACCGCUCCCGACGAAGCCGGCAAGACUCUGGAAACGAAUCAAGCAAACCAUCCUCUCCCCCAUCGGCGACGUCAAGCAGCAAGGCGCCACGCUGCUAAUGCGCCCGAGUCCACCCUUCCGACUGAUGCCGAAGCUCCUCUCCCGCAAGAUGCCUCAUCCGCGCUCACGACGGCCUCUACGAAACAUCCAGCCAAUUCUUUCCGCCGACAGCUAUCCCUCCUCCUCUCCUUAUCGAAGCCUCGCCUCACCGUCCUAGUCGUCCUCACCGCGAUGGCGCCGUAUGCCUUAUACCCCGUACCGGCCUUUCUCUCCCCGUCCAUCGGCCUAGACACUCCCUCCCUCUCGCCCUUGACGCUGACCUUUCUCACCAUCGGAACCGCCCUCUGCUCCGCCAGCGCGAACGCUCUUAAUAUGCUCUACGAACCGGCUUGGGAUGCCAAGAUGACGCGCACGCGGAACAGACCUCUCGUGAGGGGCCUCCUAUCCGAACGCAGGGCUCUCGUCUUCGCCGUCGUCGCUGCUGUCGCCGGAGUGGGCAGUCUCUACUUCGGCGUAAAUCCCACCGUCGCCUUCCUCGGCGCCGCCAAUAUCGCCCUCUACGCCGGAGUUUACACACCGAUGAAGCGCGUCUCGUGGCUCAACACCUGGGUCGGGGCGCUCGUCGGCGGAAUACCGCCGCUUAUGGGUUGGGCUGCGGCCGCUGGCGAAUCGGCAACGGGAGACGGAUCGUUCCGCGAACUCCUCUUUACGACCGACGCGAUAGGCGGCUGGCUGCUUGCCGCGCUCCUUGUUGCCUGGCAGUUUCCUCACUUCAUGGCCCUGUCGUGGCCUAUAAGAGAGGAAUACAAAGCGGCCGGCCACAAAAUGCUGUGCUGGAUCAACCCUGCCCGCAACGGGCGCGUAGCCCUAAGGUACAGCUUGUUAUUCAUCCCUCUGUCUGUCGCCCUCUGCGCGGUAGGAGUAACGGAAUGGACAUUCGCGGUGACAAGCCUCCCCGUCAACCUCUGGCUGGCGCGAGAGGCGGUGCGAUUCUGGAAACACGAGGGCUUCAAGGGGAGCGCGCGGGGUCUGUUUUGGGCCAGCGUCUGGCACCUACCGGCCAUCAUGGUGCUGGCUCUGGUUCAGAAGAAGGGGAUGUGGGGGCGGGUCUGGAGAAGUAUCGUUGGAGAGCCAGAUUUGGACGAGGAAGAAGAAGAGGAGGAGGACUGGAUUGUAGAUCAAGUAGGUCAAGAAGAUGAGGCCGCUGGGUCUAAGUGAUGCGGUGUUCCCGUCGUGCUCCUAUAGACCUAGUCGAGACGGUCUAGAUCGAACCCAAAAGUCUAGCAUGUAACAUAUAUCUUGUCGAUUGUAUAUAAUGGGAGGUUUUAGAACGACACUCGGCCGGGGCGUGUUGCACUGUACGAAUACGUGCGGUCGGUACAAGAGUCAAGAUACCUACCUGCUCUUACAGGGACCAACGAACAUAGAUGACGGAUAUGCCAUCACGAUCAUGACCACCGCAUAGCUGUACGGCCUAGUGAUUAAAUGCUGUGUUUGGCUAUAGCUAGAAACCCCUUAUGAGCUCAACCGAUACGUCUUCACCCCUAAUCCUGUGGUAUCUAUGCAUGAAGAUCUAAUGUAUAGUAUAUUGGUAGGUAGUCAUAAGUUUUCCGGUGCAGAAAUGCAGUCAUUAGCCGGUAGGAAAAUACCCCGGGCCCAGCAACCCCAGUCCCCUAAUUUUUUGAUCCGCAGUGAAUAUAGAAGGGUUAGUAUAGUCAAUAAUAGGCCAAAUCCCCCCU